GCGAUGGAGGAGCAAGCGCAGAGCCACGUCGGGGUGGCCGGAUUGCGCGUAGGCGAGCAUGAGCAGGUUCCAGGACGCGGAGGUGUGGCGGGGCAUGGCGUCGAAGGUCGUGUGAGCCAUGGUGGCACAACCACACCUGGCGUACAUGCUCAGCAGCGCAUUGGCAACCCGCAGGCCCGAGUCGUCCCCCGUCCUUGCAGCGUCCCCGUGCACCACUCUCCCGCGCUGCUCGUUGGCACACGCCUUGAGCGCAGCCACCAGGCCACGCACCCUCGACGCAUCACUGGUCAUUGCGAUUAGGGCAGGAGCGCAUGGACAAGCCGCGCACGCCGUGGCGCCGCCGGCUGCAAGGCCUGGAUCUCCUCCUUGUGCCACUCGUCGCUGCCCUCCAUGUCUUGAUGGCACCCUACACCAAAGUGGAGGAGAGCUUCAACACACAGGCAAUGCACGACAUUCUCUACCAUCACUACCAUCUCCAAGAGUAUGACCACCUGGAGUUUCCCGGCGUUGUCCCCAGGACAUUCAUUGGUAAGCUAGAACUCCUCUUCUUCGUUUCCAGCACACUGUGUCUUCCAGGGGCACUGGUCGUGUCGGCGUUGGCUUCGCCGUAUGUCACUCUGUUCAAGCUGCUUGGCCUCCCCAAGCUCUACUCCCUCUGCGCCGUUCGUCUCGUGCUCGCCAGCAUCGUUUUGGGAAGCAUGUCCCUCAUGCGUCGUGCCAUCAGCAACGAGUUUGGGAGCACGGUCGCAAAGGCGUUUACAGUUAUCACAGCAGUGCAAUUCCACCUCUUGUUCUAUUGUUCGCGGCCACUUCCCAACGUCUUUGCUCUCGCCUGCGUCAAUGUGGCCUAUUAUUUCUGGAUCCGAGGCAAGCCGAGGGAAACACUGAUCUCUCUGGUCUUCGGUAUGGUGGUCUUCCGAUGUGACAUAAUACUUCUGGCUGCUCCGAUUGGAUUGAGCUUUUUCAUUACAAGAUCCGUGACUGUGGCAGAUGCGCUCAAGUGGUGCAUCCCCGCAGCCAUUGUAAGUGCUGGCUUAACGUUCGCGGUGGACUCCAUCCUGUGGAGACGAUGGGUGUGGCCCGAGUGGGAAGUCUUUUGGUUUAAUUCCGUUUUGAACCGCAGUUCCGAGUGGGGUGUCUCUCCCUUCCACUGGUAUUUCUCUUCUGCGCUUCCACGAGCUAUGCUGGCUGCUUAUCCAUUGUCAUUUGUGGGAUUGGCUCUGGACAGGAGAAUUCGGAGGCUUGCGCUUCCAGUAUACGGCUUUGUCAUCCUUUAUUCCAAGCUUCCUCAUAAGGAACUGCGCUUCAUUCUGUUUGCUGUACCAAUGCUUAACCUGGCCGCUGCGGCAGCCAUAGCACGCAUAUAUAACAAUCGUCGUAAACGACUCUGGUCCCUUUUCUACAAUGCCAGCCUUGUUCUCUUGACUGCAAGCUUCUCGUUUGCUUUGCUGUCGGCAGUUGCAUCGUACAGAAAUUAUCCUGGCGGCCAAGCUAUGGCACUGCUUCAUGAUCUAGAUACUGGCGGCCAAGAGGCUCGCAGGUCUGUCCAUAUCGAUGUUCUUCCGGCAAUGACGGGUGUCUCACGCUUCUGCGAGAGAGGACCGCCAUGGAGUUAUUCCAAGCGAGAAGGAUUAACGCCCCGCGAGCUGCGUGAGAGCAACUUCACGUACCUUGUGAGCGCACAGGCAAAUGUCGCUGGAUUCGAGCGCGUGUUUGCAGUGGAGGGGUUCUCGAGGAUAGCCUUGCAGCCUUCAUCCUUUCCGCCUCUGAUAAGACUGGUGAGUGAACUGAUUGUUUUGCGCUACCGUACACAGACAAAAGGGAUUGUCUCCACUCCAGGUGAGCGAGCCCCAGGUGUACGUUCACGUUCGAAGCAGAUAAUGUGGAGUCAUUUGAACUUUUGUCCCUUUGGCGGGAAGCUGGUGUUUAGAGAGAGAGAGAGAGGGGAGAGAAUCUAGGGCUUGAGAAAUGGAGAAUGGCGCCCCACAGCUCAAGCGGGCGAGGAGGGAGGCUUGUGAGCGCUUCAGCAAGCU